ACAAUAAUUACACACAUUAUGUAUAAGAUAAGGGCAAAUAGACUAUGUAUGGAUAGUAACAGAAUGCUUAUUAACCAGCUGUAUGCUUAACAGGGAGGGUUGUAAUAAUUUUUCGCCAAUCCUUUGCAGUCAGUCAUUACUCUAGAAUAGCAUCAACGCAUACCACAGAGUAUACCCUUUGUUGUAAAGGUAGCUAAUAAGACAACCUGGCUAGCUAGCUAGCUUUUCAUAGUUUUCAGUAUCUUCAGCCCCUGGUGCCUUGAUGACCGUAACGUUAGCUGGGGACUUAACCGUUUUGUGCAUCCUUAUUUUUAGCUUUUAGGUGCAGAUAUCUCUUUCGUCUUUGACUGACACUUGCUAGAUGUAAUUCAGCGUUGGUUUAGUUGUAGGUUUGCAUUGCAAGCUAGCCCGCUUGCUCAACUAGCUGGCGAGCUAGUUAGCAAGCUAGCAUUAUUCUGAAGCUGGAUUCUGAAAUAGUCAUUUAUGUACUAUGUUCGCUGUAAUGUGAAAUGACGCCAUAUUUUGAGGUAAAAUCUUAACGUUAUGUAAAUGGCCUGUUGAAAUGGUUACGCUGGUGGCUACAUUGUUAGUGGAAGGUUAGAAGUAGGUGGGUAACUAGCAUUAGCUAGGAUUCCAAAUAACGUCAGAUAAUUGUAAAAGGUGGUUCUAAGUUAGGUUAGCACCAAAAGCAGCCCUACUAGCCAGCUUGGUAGCAGCUAGGUAGUUAGCUGUUAUCGGUAAGUUUUCAGCAUCAAUCUGCAGUGCAUUCUGAGUUCCCAUCAGUCGGAAAUGUACAGGUUAGUUGAGUUCACAGACACCAGCUGCUUAAACAUAAUUCCUGAUGACUGGUAUGACAACGGAAUAACAUGGUGGCCAAACUACAAAAAUGACCAAAAGAUAAACAAUGCCAUACAACGAAGGGAGAAGCCUAAGUCCGACUGGUCUUGCUUUGCUGUGCGGGAAUUGUCCAAAGCAGGUUCAUACCAAGAAGCGAGAAUGAAACUGAAGAGGGCCAUGACUUGCAACAACACAGACCUCCAAAGAGAAGGAGAUGACGACGGCACAAGCAAAAAAAGAAGAUCAAGUGACAAACUUUUGGAGCUGGAGGACUCCGAGGAGGAGCGUAGUAAAAAGCUCAGGAAGAUGACCUCUACAGCAGCCUUCCCUGCUUCCUACGUCAGCCCAUCGCCACACUUCUUCGCAAUGAUGCCUGAACAGACGCCCAUGGCAGCAGGAAGGACCAGCACCGUACGAAAGGGCCAGGAAACGUCCACUCGAGACGCCAUGCAUGAAAAGACUGCAAGGCCGUCCCAGACGUCAGAGGCCGCCUGCUGCAGCUGGGAGCCCUCUUCCUUCAGAGAUAUGCUCAUGGAACUAGCUCCAAUAACAGCUGCACGGUCCAUACUGGAGAAUAGGGAUUGGGAUUCACAAACGUCCUUCAGAGGAAUGAUACAACAUGAACAGCAGAGCGUAGCCACAGGCUCCAGUGCAUGGGAGUCACUGACGUCCUUCAGAGAGAUUAUGCAUCAGCAGGGUCCCAUGGCAACGGGUUGGUCCUUGGAAACAUCUAGCAGAGAGCUGAGUUCUGAUAACGCCUCCACUGGGCCCACUGAAUCCAGACACCGGGACUGGGGCGCCUCCACGACCUGCAGAGAGACGACUCCUGAUCAGCCACCUACUGGAGGCUCAGAGCUAAGAAGCAGCGAGUGUGCAGCCCCUACAGCCUGCAGAGAGACUGAAGUUUCUUCAACAUCCAUGACGUUCCGGAAUGGACGUGGUGACCAAAUUCCAUGCAAUGCAGCAGAAUUCCACCUGCUGAACAUCAUGGAGUCCCUGCGGCAGCAGCAGAUGCAGCACGCCGUGGCCCUCAACACCAUCAUCAACAUCCUGCAGGGCCGCGUGAACGCCCGCAACGCUGCCGGCGACGCCUCCAAGGACCCGGCCGAGAUGCCGCAGGACAUCUCCUACCCGCUCAUGGACCUGCGGGAGCUGGAGAAGCAGGAGGUCUGGCUGGAGAACGCAGCCAACACGCUGGCCAAGACCAAGAUGAUUGCAUACCUUGGAGCCAUCGGCGGCAAGGACUUGAAGACCACCGUGUGGAAGAUCAUGUCCACACUGAUUCAUAACAACCUGGGCAAACAGCUCAACUGGAAAGGGGUGAACGACAAGCGAGCCUUUAGCUCCCUGUUGCUCAAAUCUGUCAUCAUACGUGGUGUUCGGAAAAAUCCCCACUACACAAAAACCACAGACUCUGAGAUUGAGAAGCUGAUAAUCCGCUGGCUGAAUCUGGCCGGAGACCGCGACGGGGGCAGGAAACAGCGUGAGCUGGCCAAGCGUGGGCUGAACAUGCCCGACCACGCCAAAGGCCUCCAGCCGCCCAAACCCAUGCCCCCUGGCGCCAGCUCCGCCGCCACUGACGCGGCCGCCGCCGCUGCCCGAAAACUGCCCGACCACCUCAACAAAGCCCAGAACCGGCCCCGCACGACAGACCCCCGGGCGCCCGAACCCACCGAGUCCGAGCGGCUCCGCGAUCAGAUGGACCCAAACCUGAACCGGCCUGAGAACAGCUGGACCCUGUUCCAGUCGUCGGCGCCGGUUCUGAUGGACCCCAGGAACGUCCGGCUGAACUUGUAGUUGACCGCGGCGCUUCUCACUUCUCCAGCCCACUGAUGCGUCAGCACUGCAGCAGUGAUGUACAUAGGCACACAGUAAGGCCAUAUAAUGACAAUAUUUAAGUCUAUAUAUCAUUUGUACUAUUAUUAGUAUUGUUGUUAUUAUUAUUAUUAUUAUUAUUAUUAUUAUCACAAGAUUAUUAACCUUACGGGGUAAAGGCACAAAUAGUCAUGAUUGACUAUACCUUAAAUGUUAAAGCCAUUCUGGGUUUAUAUAUAUAAAAAAAAGACAUCAGUUGAAUCCAGUUUAGCCAUUAUGCUGUUUCACAUGUAAAAUAAGCUAAACAGCUCCUCAAGGUCCGAACCCAAAAACAAAGAGUUUGAUUUGUUUAUCGGUAUAUUGUUAUGAUCGCUGUAUUCUCUCUGUUCAUGUUUUUGUUUACCUUUGAUGAAAAGCACAUCCAUGAUUGUAUUUGUGCAUUCUGUGCGGUCUCUGCGGUUUGAAUAGCCUGCCUCGUAUGGUCCAUGUAGCCACUGAUUCAAACUGGAGCAUGUUUGUUUUGUUUUUUUCUUAUCGUUGGCUGCGUUGUUUAAGUCACUUUUCUCAAGUCUGGUCUGGGUUCUCAUUCCCAUUUACAUCAGUGCCGACACAGACCCAAAGACAUCCAAUCAGAGCUAGUCCGGUUCUGGCUGGCUUAGGUACAGUUUUGGGUCUACAGGUCCCGCAGUGGACCUCUGAGGUCCGAUUACAGAGACAGCACACACAUGCACAUCAUACUCUGUUUAAUUUAAUAAAAAAAAUAAUGUGACAAAUACAA